CCCCUCGUGAUAUUCGCAGUGGCUAAUAAAUAAUUAACGAAAAGGAGAAAAUAUAUAUAUAAAAAGAGAUUAGAAAUUUAUAAUCUCUCAACUCGGCCUCUGCUUCCGUUUACCAAGUCAUCAAGAAAAUUCGCAGAAAAAACCCAGCUCCGGUGUCGUAACUCCUCUUCCAAACAGCCACACAGCAACUUCACAAUCACAAUCCCAUCUUCAAUUUAACAGCCCUAUUCAAUUUUACUUUCAAAGGGGUUUGUUUUUUGAUGUUGCCGAAGAAGUUGAUUCCAGUUCCAAAUCCUAGAAUGGACCAGAAUUUGGAUUCAGAGCAGGAGGCUGAUCUGCUGCUACCUGGUUUCCGGUUCCAGCCCACAGAUGAAGAGCUUGUGGGAUUUUACCUCAGAAGAAAGAUUGAGAUGCGUCCCGUUACCAUCGAUCUAAUCAAGCACGUUGACAUCUACAGACACGAUCCAUGGGAUCUCCCAAGGUUGGCAGCUAUUGGGGAGAAAGAAUGGUACUUUUUCUGUCGAAGGGACCGGAAAUACAGAAACAGCGCACGGCCCAACAGAGUGACUGGCUCUGGGUUUUGGAAGGCCACUGGCACGGACAAGCCCAUUUACUCCUCUAGUGGGAUCCACUGCAUCGGGUUGAAGAAAUCUCUUGUGUACUAUCGAGGUCGAGCUGCCAAAGGCCUCAAAACCAACUGGAUGAUGCAUGAAUUUCGCUUGCCCUCUUGCCCAGAUUAUCAGGAUUCGUGGGCGAUUUGCAGGAUAUUUAAGAGAACGAACAAGGCGAGACAGGGGGUUAUGUCUGCUUCUUCUCUCUCUUGGUUGUCGUCGUUACCAGGGGCAGAGGCUUCAACCGAACCCCAGUUUCAGAACUUCCCCAGAUCUUCUUCUUCUUGUCGUUGUGGGAUUUAUGGAAGCUUCGCGUCUGCUCCAAUGGAGGCAGAGAACCGAUGCUCGAUGGAUCAGAUUAGGGACUCGGAAGGGGCAUCAAUAAUCCCCAAUGGGAUUCCAUAUUCUUUUCCAGAGAAUGUUGUUGGAGAAGACCAGUGGGAGGGAUGGAGAUCCAUAGGGUUUCCUGUGAACUUGGACUCAAGUAAUGAGGCUUGGAGACCAGUUAGUCCUUUUGAUUUGACUGAGUUUCUUGUUGAGAUGUCUGAUCAUGAUGCAGGGGAUUCCUUCAACGAAUUCUUUGCUUAGUUUUUGCUGCAUUUUGUGUUCCAUACAUCCUGUGAAGAUGGGGAAUCCUUGUUGAUUAACUUCUUAUUUCUAUUAUACUUCUUAAACCUAUAAAAUCAGAGAAGGCUUUCCCUA